UGUGUUAAAUAAAACAAACAUCCAUCUGAGCUCACUGUUUCUGGUUGAGCAUUAAUAGCCCCAAUACAACCUUGCGUUAUGUUAACAAUAAAUACGAUUUAUUUUAGUUUUUCCUUUGGCUAUAACUUUGCAUCCUGCAAAGGAAGCUAUAAAACUUUGUUUUUUCACCGUCCAGUUUGAAGAGCGCAUGCGCAACUAUGAAAAUCACAGAUAGCGUAUUACGAAGUUUUAGGGUCGCCAGGACCUAUCAAGAAAACAGUGGAAAAGUGAAUUGCGUGGAUUACAGCCCAGAUGGCGAGAGUGCGAUAUCAAGUAGUGACGACGACUCCAUCGUGUUGUAUGACAUCCGAGAGGGAAAGCCGAAUCGGACUUUGUACAGUAAAAAGUACGGAGUGGACCUCAUCCGAUUCUCUCAUCGAGAUACGUCCACCGCAGUCUACACCUCCAACAAACUAGACGAUACAAUCAGAUACCUGUGUCUCAAUGACAACAAGUUCAUAUGUUAUUUUCCUGGUCACACUGAUAGAGUUGUGGCUCUUUCAAUGUCACCAGUGGACGACACAUUUAUCUCCGGUUCGUUGGAUAAAACGAUUAGGAUUUGGGAUUUGCGUGCUCAAAAUUGUCAGGGCGUAACUAAUCCAUUGGGGAGGACUGUGUGCGCGUUUGACCCUGAAGGGCAGAUUUUUGCCGCAGGCGUCGAAUCGCAAACAAUUAAAUUGUACGACCUCCGUGCUUUUGACAAGGGUCCCUUUGCAGCCUUUGAGACCAGGUUUAGUCGUGUCUGUGAGUGGACCGGACUCUCGUUCAGUAGCGACGGCAAGCAGAUCCUCGUCUCGACCAAUGGCGGUGCCAUCUGCAUCCUCCACGCUUACAAUGGAUCCGUGCUACACACCUUCUCUGGUUACAACAACAGCAAUGGAAUACCACUGCAGGCCUGCUUCACUCCGGAUUCACAGUUUGUCAUGAUUGGCUCGGAAGAUGGGAGAGUCCAUGUGUGGAGCACCGAGAGUGGUAUGAAGGUCGCUGUGCUGGACGGGAAACACGCUGGCCCUAUCAACACUCUGCAGUUUAACCCACGCUACAUGACAUUUGCCAGUGCCUGCACUAACAUGGAACUGGUGCUUGGUUCCUACAGAGAGCCGACACAGAGCUGGGACAAGGACUUCGACAGCAUGCUGCUCCCCCUGCUAGGGGCUGGGGACCCUUGCUUCAUCCUCUACCGCCUCGAUACCCAGAAUGCACAUGGAUAUGAAUGGGUUUUCAUGGCUUGGUCACCGGACUCAUCACCAGUGAGGCAGAAGAUGGUUUACGCAGCUACCAGAGCCACACUGAAGAAAGAGUUUGGAGGAGGUCACAUCAAAGAUGAAAUGUUUGGUACAAUCGAGGACGACCUGUGCUUCCAGGGGUACCUGCGGCACAUGGCCUCCUGUUCUUCACCUGCACCCCUCACACUAGCCGAGCAGGAGUUGCAGAGACUUAAAGCCACAGAGGACAAAGUUGUCUGGGAUGAACGCCGGCGAAUCACUCCGACUGGACGGGCUAAGGUGACCAUGGAAUUUGGCCUAGACAAAAGGCCACAGACUCUUCAAGGUCUGGCGUUCCCCCUACAAGAAGAGGCCAAAGGUGCUCUGAGGCAGCUCAAGCAGAAGCGCAUCAACUACAUCCAACUGAGGUUGGAUGUAGAGAGGGAGACGAUUGAGCUGGUACACACCAACCCCACAGAGACCAGAGAGCUUCCCUACAGGAUUCCCACCGACUCCCCCAGAUACCAUUUCUUCGUCUUCAAACACUCCCACCAAGACCAGCUCCAGGAGGCCUUGGUGUUUAUCUACUCAAUGCCUGGGUACAGCUGCAGUAUCAAGGAACGGAUGUUGUAUUCCAGCUGUAAGAACAGACUACUCGAUGAGGUGGAGCGAGACUACCAGCUGGAGGUCACCAAAAAGAUGGAGAUCGACAGUGGGGACGGACUGACAGAAGACUUCCUGUAUGAGGAGGUGCACCCCAUGGAGCACACCCUGAAGCAGGCCUUCUCCAAACCCCGAGGACCGGGGGGGAAGCGGGGCAACAAGAGGCUCAUCAAGGGGGCAGAAGAGAACGGGGACGACAGCUAGACAUGCAUACAAGGAUACACACGAGCCAGCGGACCAGUGUAUCAAGAACUGCUUUUUUCUUCCUUCCUCCUUCUUACUGUCUACUUUAUGUCAUCUCAUAGACCAGAAGAGAAUAGUUUUAAGCUCUCUGUAUACGUAUUCUAUCUCUGUAACGUGGAUAUGGAGACGUUAAAGUAAUGACCAACACUAAUUUGCGAUGCCAUCUAUAGUUACACUCAGGAUCCUCCGAGAAUGAUAGGUUUACAUCGGAGAUGCUUUGGAACCGUUCAUUGUCAUAUUGCAAGUAUAACUCACGAUAUUUAUAUAAAGUUAAGGAUUAAGGCCAACUAGUGCUAACAAUUGACAACUUGGAAGAGACCGACAAAUAGUCCUAACUCAAAUUUUUCUGAAGACUUGAUUCUAUUAAUAGUCUUGUUAUAUUUUUACCAUUCAUGGAAAGAAAUAAUUAUAUUGCAUGUGUUCUUAGAAAUAGUAACAAGGAAGUUUCUAUUAACUGUAAACAUUACAGUUUAGUAUUUUUUCAAGCCAAGGAUACUCUAUAUGAAGUCAGGCAGGUUAAUAAUGGAACUUCACAAGAUACUCAAGAAAUGCCUAUUUGUAUUUUGCUAUGUAGACAGUGACUGUGAUAUCUUAUAUUUCAUACUUAAAAGCCAACUCUAACCUGGUGGUCUCUGUAUCACAUGUGAUUGUUUUGGAUCUCUCACCCAAACCAGGCCUGAAUAAACUCAGCUGAGUGCUGCUGUUUUACACAA